UGACUUCACAAUCGGGCUGCUGAAGCACGAGCGUUCCCUGUUGCCAUGACGACGGGCGACUGCUGCCAUCUUCCCGGUUCGCUGUGCGAUUGUCCUGGAAGCGCCGCGCUGUCCAAGUCCGUGGAAGACUCCGACCUCGGGCGGCCGCAGUAUGUCACCCAGGUCACUGCCAAGGAUGGCCGGCUGCUUUCCACGGUGAUCAAAGCCCUGGGGACGCAGAGCGAUGGCCCCAUCUGUCGGAUCUGCCAUGAGGGUGGAAGCGGAGAGGGCCUGCUGUCCCCCUGUGAUUGCACCGGCACGCUGGGGGCCGUCCACAAAAGCUGCCUGGAGAAGUGGCUCUCCUCCUCAAACACCAGCUACUGCGAACUCUGCCACACUGAGUUUGUUGUGGAGAGAAGACCCCGACCCCUGACAGAGUGGCUGAAGGACCCCGGGCCACGCAACGAGAAGCGGACCCUCUUCUGCGACAUGGUGUGUUUCCUCUUCAUCACCCCGCUGGCUGCCAUCUCGGGCUGGCUGUGCCUCCGCGGAGCCCAGGAUCACCUGCAGUUCAACAGCCGCUUGGAAGCCAUCGGCCUGAUUGCGCUGACCAUAGCACUUUUUACUAUCUAUGUCCUCUGGACACUGGUUUCAUUCCGCUACCAUUGCCAGCUGUACUCGGAGUGGCGAAGGACCAAUCAGAAAGUCCGCCUGAUGCUCCCAGACUCACGCAACCCUCACCCCGUUCAGCACUCCCUGCUCUCAGCCAAGCUCCUGAAGAAGAAGGCUGACGAGACGACCGUAUGAGCCGGGAGGGGCCUUG